UUUGAUUUUAUUAUCACAUUCCCAUUUAUUGGUGUAAUGUUUUUGGAAAUGGGAUGGUCUUGUAGUAGAUAUGUUAAAAUUAUUGCUGUAAUUGGAACUAUUUUUACAUUGGAUUACGUUGGAAUCUUCAAACAUUAUCACGAGUUAGAUUAUGAGCGAUAUUUUGAUUACCCAUCUGGUCCACCCAGUGAAAAUAAUUAUAAAUUUAUCAAUAAUCCUUCAGGAAAGUGCAAAGUACCACCCAAGUUAAUAAUAAUUAUAAAAUCUGCUGCCGAAAAUGUUUUGCGUCGUAAUACCAUUCGCCGCACUUGGGGUUAUGAACAACGCUUCUCUGAUGUGGAAAUAAGGCGUGUGUUUUUACUUGGCAUUAGUGAAGAUAUAAAAAUCAAUACUAUUUCAAAAAACGAGUCUUUAAAAUUCAAUGAUAUUGUUCAGAUUGACUUCAUUGAUGCUUAUUUCAACAAUACCAUUAAAACAUUUAUGGGUAUGAAAUGGGCUCUUAGCCAUUGCAAUAGUGAGUUUUUCUUUUUUGUGGAUGAUGACUAUUACGUGUCAACAAAAAAUUUAUUGAAAUAUAUUUCCAAUCCUGACUUGUAUCCGAAAACUGAUCCAAAUAGUCGCAUUACAGGAAAUGAAAAAAAUGAAUUAUUUUCUGGCUUUGUAUUGCAAACACCACCUCAUAGACAUAAAUUUAGUAAAUGGUACGUGCCUCUAAGUGAAUAUCCGUUUGAUUUGUGGCCUCCGUAUAUAACUGCAGGAGCAUUUGUUUUAAAUCGAAAUGCUCUACUCAAGUUAUUUAAUGCUGGUAGCCAUUUGAAAAGAUUUAGGUUUGAUGAUAUUUUCUUAGGAAUAGCAGCUUUAAAAGCUAAUUUAACUCUUAAACACUGUGAAAUGUUUUAUUUCAACAAACCAAAAUACGAAGGACCUACAAGCUACCAGUACAUUGUUGCGUCACAUGGAUUUCAAAAUGGCAAAGAAUUGGAAACUAUUUGGAAUGAAUGCCGGUCCGCUGGUUUUGCAUGAUUAAUAUAAAAAUAGAUUAUAUAAUUAACAAAAUUCAAACUAGUAUUUUUUGUAUAUGCAGAAGGCGUAGCAAGGAAUUUUUUCCGCAUUUUAAUUUGUCAAAAUGGAAAAAAUUAUAUUUACUUGUUGUAGUCGAUGGUAAAACAUAUGCAUAUACAUAUGUAUAUAAGUGGAAAGGUAUUUGUUAUAACUUGUUUAAAUUUGUAAAUAAAAAUAUUAUGUAAUUACUAUACAACGGAUGUUAAAUAUAUCAUAUAUCGGUUAUUAAUUUA